AUAGUUGAAUAGACGUCAAUCAUGUUUAAGGUUACAAUUGUUGUUGCGUUAUUUGCUAUGGCCCAGGCCAGCUAUAUUCCUUCACACUUUUACGGAAGGUCCAUUUAUGACUAUCUCUCCUUCCCAAUCACUACAAGGCUGGAACCUGUCAUAAUUCCUGCGUCAUCCCCCGUAACAUCGAAACCAUCAGCACAUUACGACUAUGGAUACGCUAUAAGUGAUCCAUAUUCUGGUGAUCACAAAAGCGCUUAUGAAACUCGUCGUGGAGACGUAGUGGCCGGCAGUUAUUCAUUUGUAGAUGCCAAUAAUACCAAACAUAUUGUCGAUUAUACGGCCGACGCAAAACACGGUUUUAAGGCUAAAGUCCGCGAAGAGCCAGCUAAGGUGGUUGUAGCUGAAAAGGUCAAAAAGAUCGAAAAGAUCGAAAAGAUCGAAAAGAUCGAAGCCCAGCCAGCUGUUCGUGUCGCUCCAGCUGUUGUACAAGCUCAUAUUUUGCCCGAAAGGUUCGAAGCUUUUCCGACGUUUUCCGUUCUCCCACCAUUAUACAGAUCAAAUAUUUUUGAACCGGAUUUUGAUCGCAUUGCUCCAUUGCCCUUAGGGGAACCAUUUGUACGUUAUUAUUGAUGAUAAUUAAAUUAUA